GGAGAAAGAAAAGUUUCCAUUUGGAGGAAGUAGAAGAAGAAGAAGAGUGGCUUUUGGCUUUGUUCAUAGUCUUUUCCCCUUCUCUGUCUGCCGUCGUCUCUCUGCCUGCGCUUUCCCUCUGUCUUCUUCUGCCCGCCCCCCCUGCAUGCGCUUUGAUCUCUUGCUGUACCCAUGAACAUAUCAUCAUAUAUCCAUUAUCUGUUCGAUAGAGAAGAGAGCCCUCCAUUAUAUUAAUUGCAGAUGAAGCAAAAGGGCUUAAGCUUUCUGUUUUCGUUUCGUCUGGUGGCCGGGGAAAAGGUUGACAGAGUUCGGUCUCGCGUUGUCAUCUCCCCAUUGAAGUGAUGACUUUUGGAUUCUUCUUUCGUCUCCAAUUGCAACAGUUCAGCGGAUGAAUAUAUGGAUUUCGUCCCUCGAUCUCUGAAAUUGACGCUCCCCCUAUAAAUAAGCCCCGAGAGCGAAGAAUUCUUUAUCCGACCGACGGUGAUCUCAGAUAGGCGAUUGGAAGCUUCAAGAAAUGGCCUUUCAAGGGCUGUUGGAGAUGCACGACGAGCCGAGCAUCGAUGCCGACAAGCUCAGCUAUGAAAUCUUCUCCAUCCUCGAGACCAAGUUCCUGUUCGGCUACGACGACUCCAAGCAAUGGAUUCCCACACAAGUUCCGGUGCCGCCACCGACUGCGGUCGAACCGAAGCCCGAUGACUUAUUGCUCGGUAGCCAGACCGAAUCCUCCAGUCCCCUCUCUGUGUCUGAAGGUGAAGAGCGACCGAAAAUACGCAUCCUCAGUAUCGACGGAGGCGGCUGCAGCAUCUUACGAGGGGUUCUGCCCUGCAGGGCCCUGGCUCAUCUGGAGCGCGUCAUCAGGGAGAAAUCAAACGACCCGAACGCGACGAUAGCGGACUACUUUGACGUCGUCAUUGGGACGGGGAUGGGUGGUAUUGUUGCGUUGAUGCUGUUCGCCACUAGGGACGGAGCUCGGGCCGUUUUCGAGGCGGAGGAAACCUGGCGGCUCCUCGCGGAACAGGGGAGAUGGAUAUUCAACGCCGGUGGCGGCGGUUUCCUAAGGCGGCUGUUCAACCGACCAGAGAGCGGCAGCGGUUUGGAGAAGUUCUUGAAGGAGACGUUUGGCGGCGGAGACAGGGCGUUGACUUUGAGGGACACCCUGAAACCGGUUCUCAUCCCAUGCUAUGACUUGUCAACGGCAGCGCCGUUUCUGUUCUCGAGGGCUGACGCGGUGGAGUCCGACGGCUAUAACUUUUGUCUCUGGGAUGUCUGCCGGGCUACAUCAGCCGUGCCAGGCCUGCUCGAACCGGUUUCAAUUCGGUCGGUCGAUGGCAAGAGCCAGUGCGUGGGGUUGGACGGCGGGUUGGUGAUGAGCAACCCAACGGCGGCGGCAAUCACGCACGUGCUGCACAACAGGAAGGAGUUCCCGGACGUGCGGGGAGUGGAGGAUCUCCUGGUCCUGUCCCUUGGGACGGGUCAGGUUACUGAAGUGGGCGGCGGUGGGCUCCAGUAUGAGAAUGUCAAGGGCUGGAAGGCCAAGGACUGGUUACGGCCCGUGGUCGGUAUUACCGCAGAUGGGUCUGCGGAUUUUGUAGACCAGGCUGUGGGCACGGCAUUCGGCCAGUGGAGGUCGGAAAAUUACGUCCGCAUUCAGGCCAAUGGGUCCAUCAUAGAGGCCGAUUCAAGUCAUCACAAUGCGAAAAAGCUGACCCAGAUGGCUGAACAGAUGUUGAAACAGAAGAACGUCGAAUCGGUGCUCUUCGGUGGGAAGAACAUCUCAGAACUGACCAAUUUGGAGAAGCUCGACUUGUUCGCUGCAGGGCUCGUGCUUGAGCACGACAGGAGGAGGAGCCGCAAGACUUCUGCUACUUCCCUUUGCUCCUAAUUAACCGCAUAUUACUAGCUAGGAACUGGCCGGAAUUGUAGAAGGUGAAAGCAAAAGGAUACGACACAAUAGAAUUCAAUAGGAGAAAAGAAGGAAAUUUUACAAAGAAGAAGCAAUGCAAUAGCUUUUACUUUACAAAGUGAAUUGCUUGAUAACAUGGGAAGAUACAUAGAAUAUAUGGGUUUUAUAUUUAUUUAUAUGUAAAAUCGAUCGAGUGAAAAGGACUAAAAGUUUACAAAAACAGAUUAUUGGUAAACAUAUACGUGUGUAUAUAUUUAUAUUGCAUUCUAUAUAUA